AUGGUUCCACCGGCUGGUCAGUCGAGUAAUCAGCCACUUGGACCGAAAGAAUUAACCUUAUUCAGAAAGAUUGUGAAACAUUAUGAACAUAAGCAAUAUAAAAAUGGUAUAAGGUGUUCGAAAUUGAUCUUAUCGAAUCCGCAAUAUAGCGAACAUGGUGAAACACUCGCCAUGAAGGGAUUACUUUUAAAUUGCUUAGGGAAGCGUGAUGAAGCUCAAGAUUGCGUUAAACGGGGAUUAAAGGCUGAUAUACGUUCACAUGUAUGUUGGCAUGUUUUUGGUUUAAUUCAACGCAGCGAGAAAAAAUAUGAUGAAGCAAUGAAAGCAUAUAAGCAAGCGUUGAAGCUGGAUAGCAAUAAUAUGCAAAUACUCAGGGAUUUAUCUUUGUUGCAAAUUCAAAUGCGAGAUCUCGACGGAUAUAGGGAUACUCGCUAUCGUUUGCUAAUGUUGCGACCUCAGCAAAGGGUUGCAUGGAUUGGUUACGCAACUGCAUAUCAUUUACUCAAGGAUUACGAUAUGGCUUUGAAAAUUGUUAACGAAUUUUGUAAUAAUAAUAAGCCUGCCGAGUACGAUGUCGAGCAAAGCGAACUUAUUUUGUAUCAAAAUAUGAUUCUAAGAGAAUCUGGUCAGUUCGAUCUUGCUCUUCGUAAGAUUGAAGAAAAUGCUGCUCAUGUUCUCGAUCGUAUUAAAUAUAUGGAAAUACGAGGAGAAUUACUGAUGCAUUUGGGGAAGAAUGAAAAAGCUGAAUCAGUUUACUGGAAUUUGAUCGAGCGAAAUCCUGAAAAUAUUGCUUAUUAUAAGGCCAUAGAAAAAUGUCGGAGACUAGAAGAAAACGACGUCUCAGAACGAUAUGGAAUUUAUAAGAAAGCGUUAGCAAUGAAGCCUUGGGCUUCAGUACCUAAAAGCGCUCCUCUUUAUUUCUUACAAGGAAAGGAAUUUGAAGUUCUUCUUCUUUCUUAUCUUAUAACUGGCUUGCGAAAAGGCAUACCCUCGCUUUUCAAAUAUUUAAUUCCUUUGUAUGCUGAUAGCGACAAGGUACAUUUCCUCGAGCGAACUCUGCUAGAUUUCAUCAAACGUUUAGAAGAAAAUGGAUACAAGAAUGGCUCAUUGGAUGGUGAUAAUCGGCCCGACUCACCUACAACUGUAGUUUGGUUGUAUUACUUGAUUGCUCAACAUUAUGAUAGAUUAGGCUCAUUGCAACAAGCCAUUAUGUAUAUUGACCGUGCUAUACAACAUACACCAACUUUAAUCGAAUUGUAUAUGGUUAAAGCAAAAAUUCGCAAGCAUGCUGGUGACGAACGCGAUGCUGCGAAAAUAAUGGAAGAAGCUCAAUCUCUUGACACUGCUGAUCGCUAUAUUAAUAGCAAAUGUGCAAAAUAUAUGUUAAGAGCUGGUCUUAUGAAAGAAGCGGAAAAUAUUUGUUCAAAAUUUACUAGGGAAGGAGUUAAUGCUUCUGUUAAUCUGAAUGAGAUGCAAUGUAUGUGGUACGAGAUCGAAUGUGCACGCGCAUUUGAACGACUUGGUAAAUAUGGUGAUGCAUUGAAAAAAUGUCAUGAAGUUGAACGGCAUUUUGUUGGUAUAGUUGAAGAUCAAUAUGAUUUUCACUCAUAUUGUAUCCGAAAAAUGACAUUAACAUCAUAUAUCGAAUUACUUAGACUGGAAGAUGUUCUACGACGGCACAAAUUUUAUUAUGAAGCUGCAAAAAUAGCUAUAAAAAUUUAUUUGCGUAUGUUUGAUAGACCAGACGAUUUUAAUCCGGUAAAACAAAACGGUGAAGUAAAUCUGAGUGCAGUCGAACUCAAAAAGUUGAAAAAGAAACAGAAUAAGGAAAAAGCAAGGGAAGCAAUGGAGGCUGCAGCUAGACAAAAGCAACAUAAUCAAAAGAAAGUUGAUGUUGAGGUCGAAGGUUUCGCGCUUGAGCCAUUAGAUCCUGAAAAGCUAUUAAAAGUGGAUGAUCCAUUAGAGGAGGCAAGCAAAUUUGUUCAACCACUUUUACAACUAAAUUGCAAGGAGUUUGGUGCUUACACUUUAGGUUUCGAAGUAUAUUAUAGGAAGAAAAAAGUUCUUCUAAUGCUACAAUGUCUCAAUAAAGCUGCGAAAAUUGAUGAAAAAAAUCCUCAACUGCAUGUUGCGCGAGCCAAAUAUUUGCACUUUUAUGCUAAUGCUCGAUUAAAUGGAACUGUGGGUAAAUUGGCAGAAACGGUUACAGAUGAAUUAUUUCCAUCGACAAGAUCAGCGGUAGAACUUAAUGAUUCCUUCAAAUUGAGUCAUCUAAAUUCUUUUCCACAUAGAAUGGCAGUUGCCGAAGUCGAUAUUUGUUUGGACUCCAGUUCCAGUAGUUCUGUCAAAAAUUGGUUGAUUAAAUCAUUGGAGGAUGAAAGGUUAAGUGGGAUUACUCUAAAAAAUCUGUCCGAACUUUAUAACGGUGUUUCACUUGGACGAUAUGGUCAAUGGACUUCAGAAGAGUUAUCACUGUUAAAAAAGCAAUGUCAUCAUUUAUAUAAAAGCGCCACCUUGUUCGCUGAUACCGCUGAACCAAUUGUGAUUCCACAGCAGUAA